AGCCAGGCCCUGCAAGCCGGCAAGGUCGACGCCGGGUUUGCUCUCCACGGCGUGUGGCCGCAGGUGCCGCCGUCCGCGCUGGGCGGCGCGGGCAAGAGGUUCCAGGACCGGUGCAGCGACACCCCGUACCAGCCUGGCUGCCUGGCGGGCCUGGAGGACACCAUCUCACUGUUCUGGCCCGACAUGGCGCCCAACCAGUCGCUGGUCAGCCCAGACGCCGACAGCCUGCUGUGGGCGCACGAGUGGGAGAAGCACGGCACCUGCUCCGGCAUGGACCAGCGCACCUACUUCUCCAACGCCGUGCUGGUGGCCGCCUCCCACAACGUGUCGGCGGUGCUGCAGCGGGCGGGCAUCGUGCCCUCUGACACGCAGUCGUAC